GCUCUCCAAAAUUAUCAGAGUGACGUCUGGAUACUAUGGAGGUCGGCGGGUCAAUCCGUGCGUGACUCCGUGCGAAGCUGCCUUCCGGGGCGUGCUGCGCCUGUAUCUCGCACUGCCCCCGCGACUUCUCCACCGCGCCUCGUGCAGUGUCGCCAUCACCAAAUCGGAGGCUCAUUGGACGAGCCUCGGCAGCACUUCACGGCCGCUUUCUUAAGCGGGGCACUUCAUCUUCAGCUUCACGACACACCGCGAAGCGUUUACGCUCUAGAUCAGUCACGGUUCCAGGAAUCCGUCCAUCCUUUUGAAUUACCGGCCGGAAGCCUCUUGUACACUUCGAGCUCGCACUCCUACCCCGCCAUCAUCAAAGAACGAGCGCAACACAUUCACCAUGGGUGGCAAGUUCGAGCCUAAGGAGCCCGUCAACCUCGACCCGCCCAAGAAUGACCCCAUCUCCCUCGAGGAGCUCGCCAGGGCCAACGGUUCUGAGGGACAGAAGGCAUAUGUCGCCAUCAAGGGCAAGGUAUAUGAUGUGACUGGUAACAAGGCCUACCAGACGGGUGGUUCUUACAAUGUCUUCGCUGGCAAGGACGCCUCACGCGCGCUCGCCAAGACGUCCACAAAAGCAGAAGACGUCAAGCCCGAAUGGCAAGACCUGGAUGACAAGGAGAAGGGCGUCCUGAACGACUGGGACACCUUCUUCUCGAAGCGCUACAACGUCGUCGGCAUCGUGGAGGGUGCCACCAACACCGAGUAGAUCCGGCCUUUUUCUUUUCUCCAUCGACGAAUCUGAUUUAUUUGAGACAUCGU